AUGGAUUGCUAUGCCUUCGCUGGGAUAGUCGGAAGCGGCGACGAUGGAAAUGGAGAAGAUGUCGCAACGCAAGCGCAACAAACCUUCUACCACACAUACUGGAGGACAGACCUAAUACCGUUCGGACCGCGCCAAGAAUACAUGCUCAAAUCUUUCUUUGCCACCCAGCCCCUACCGGACUCGCACCUGAUUUUGUGGUCGAAUGGAGACUUGCGGACGAAUGCCAUCAUUCAACGAUACCUUCGCCAGUUUCCUGAUUCGUUCUCCGUGAAGAUGAUGGAAAUCUCGCAGCUGGCCAUGGGAACGGCGUUGGAGGGGAGCGACAAGCUGAACACGAAUGACAAAAAGGCAUGGGUAGACGGAGAUUUGCUGCGGUUGCUGGUGCUAUGGAAUUUUGGAGGCGUUUGGGUUGACAUGGAUUCUCUACUGACUCGAAGUCUUCGACCUUUGUUAGAGCAUGAAUUUGUAACCCAAUGGGAUUGCUAUAACAAGCCAUAUGGACCAUUAAAUGGCGCUCUUAUGCACUUCCAUGCACACUCCGCUUAUCUGUGCGAAGCCUUCCAUAUAAUGGAUUCGUCACCUCCACCGCGGCCAGGCUCAACCGAUUGGGGCUCCAUCCUCUAUACCAAACUGUGGAGACGGUUGGUCAGAGCUGGUGUCCCACCGUUCAAGGUCCUUCCAUGGUGCUUCAGCGAUGGCCGGUCCUGCAGGAUUGACAACAGGCUUCCGGAUCCCUUCAAGAAGGAUGGCGAGGGUCAAGGUCGGUGGAUACCUCAGAGGUCGGGAAAACAGGGCGAGAGAGUGAUGAGCACCGAAGACGGGGGGUUGCUGGAUGAGAUCUUGCGAAAGGUCUUCUCCGUCCAUUUGCAUAACCAGUGGGAGAAGGACUUCCCGCAGGACGGGUGGGUGGAGAGACUGUUGCUCAGGAAGUACGACAGGGUGCUGGAAGGAGAUGAUUGA